AAGCCACAAGCCAGGAUGCACCCCUCAAAACACUCCUCCUCCUCCUCCACGUCCGACCGCGCGCGCUCACACUUCGCGACCCUCGAACCGCGUAUCAAGAACAUAUCCCAGUCGACCAUCCAGAAGAAAUGGAAACCCCUGCCCACCAACUCACAAGACAAGAUCCGCCAGAUCCUUCUGAACGUGAAGACGAAGCGUUGCGGGAGCACGGCGCGAAUCCCGCCACUUGGUAAAGCGCCGCGUAAGAGGUCGGCCAAGGCGAAUUCGAAGACACAAGUCAAGGAAGAAGAGUACGAUCAGAUUGUGGAGGAGAUCGCCGAUAAACUCAUAUGCCGUCUCCCCCGAAUGCCAUUCCCGCCCGCACCCAGCACUCAAUCCAUGGAUGACACGCCCUUCGACCUAUCCAACACCCUCCGCCGGAUAUCUUCUCUCCAAGCGACACUAAACACGGACACAUCCUCGUCGCACCUGCUGCGCCGGCAGAUCAAGCGCGAACAAAGACUUCUGAAGCGCGACCGGGGGGAACUCGACGCUCUCGAGACGGGCUUGAAAUCAAGCAAGGAGUUGAGGCGGAGGAAAGAGCGUGGUCUGCACCCUGUCGCUCAACAACUCGAGCCGGUGGACGACGACAACGACGACGAUGAGCAAGUCCACGAGAUUGACAGAGUAAACAGCAUCACGGGAAUAUCCAUCGACAGCGCGAAAGACGCUGCGGAAUAUGCACGAUGUGGAAGCGCGACGACGAGUCUUGAUGAGGGCGGUGGUGAAGAGCUGGACUCUAUGCUGAAGCAGUUGCGGAGUCAUCUAUUGAGUAUGCGUAACAACACCGCGAGUAUGAGAUCUGUGCUUCAGGCCAUGGAUGAGACCAAGGUGGCGCUGGACGGCUUCGCGGUGAGGAAACUGGGUUAUGAAGCAUUGGGCAGGUUUUAUGGUGUUCAGGGAUGAUGUGUUUUUGUGUACUGGCCAACACUUGCAGCCGUACCGUCAAGCGAGUCCACGACCAGGCUGAGCGAGUCACUCGCGAGCGGGCAUCUUCGGCCUUGCGCUGCGCGGUGAGCAAGGGCUGUUGGCGGCAAGAGUAAUGACUCGGUGUCAAACAUACAAGAUCAUCCAUGUUUGGGAGGAAAAGCACCUGCUGAAUGAAAGGAAAGACUGUCGCCUGGCAUACGGUCGUUUGGCACUCGCUGGCAAAUCUCCGUUCGGAAAAGCCUAAAGACCGACACAUGUAAUAUGGAACGAAGAGACAGUGGUGGGUUUCAAGGUAUUUCUCGUAAGAUACGGCUACUCACCAAACCAACAUGGCCGCCUUCGCACGUUGUCUGCCCUCCUGUGCUUUCCAAACCUUUCGACAUCCCCCGCGCGUGUCACAGGUCUGGUCGACGUUCCACCUGGUGGGCAAGUACGUUGGCAUAACCACUGGUUGAAGUUUCCAACGAGCUGCAUGCCAAAAAGGGACAGAAAUGGCAAAAAGACAAACAAUUGUUGGUAUCUUUGAAACUGCACAUAAAACAAUAUG